GCGAGGGGUACGCAUUGCCUUCGUCGAUUGGCCGUACCCACGUUCGUUCGUUGUAACGCGCGAAAACCGUACAAACACGUUUAUUCGCUUACAGUCUUAUAAAACGUAAUUUCGGGGAUCGUGAAUCGUUCGCAGCUUUUUGUCAGUGAUUUCUGUGCGGUGUCAUGUCGCGAAGUUGUACGUUACGCGCGUGAUACUUUAUAUCUUUGCAACAUAACGAAGGAGACAGUGCUCGAAAGAACGAGGAAGGGGAAAUCAACAAUACUGCGCAUUCUGCGACGCAAAAACGCGAGGAGCACAGGUUACUUUUGCUGUCACCAAACGUUGACGAGGCAGAAAUGGCACGGGCGGAGUCACGGUGAGAAAAGGGCGAGGGUGAAGCCCUCGCGUGAAACGGGAGCUAUGGUGAAAAGCUUCGGUUUCUUCUUCGCCGGGAGGGCGAUACCUGCCGUCCACCUCAUGCUUUUUCUCGUUCUGGCCGACAGCACGGUGGCCGUAGACCUUUCCCAAUGCAUCGCGCCGCUCGGCAUGGAAUCGGGCGCGAUCCCGGACGCGGAUAUCACGGCAAGCUCCACGUUCGACACGGGAAACGUUGGCCCCCACCUGGCACGAUUAAAAGCGGAGAACCUCGGUGGCGCUUGGUGUCCCAAGAAUCAGAUCACCCAAGAAGCCCGAGAAUGGUUGGAGAUCGACCUUCAUACGGUUCACUUGAUCACGGCUACCGCCACGCAAGGUCGGUUCGGGAACGGUCUCGGUGUCGAGUAUGCGGAGGCGUAUCUCCUCGAGUACUGGCGACCGCGUCUGGGCAAGUGGGUCCGAUACAGAGAUAUCAAAGGGAAAGAGGUAAUACAGGGUAACACGAACACGUAUUUGGAGUCGAAGCACGAGCUGGAGCCGCCUCUGUGGGCGAGCAAGAUCCGUUUUCUGCCCUACAGCCAUCACACGCGGACGGUUUGCAUGCGGGUCGAGCUCUACGGAUGUUACUGGAGCGAUGGCGUGGUAUCUUAUUCGAUGCCCCAGGGUGAUAAGAGGGGCAACGAGUGGGAAUUCUUCGACGCCACGUACGACGGGCACUGGGACGGGGAGCUGCAGCGCGGUCUGGGCCAGCUGACGGACGGCAGGACGGGGCCCGACAACUUCAAACUGGCGUACUACGAUAAGGAUCGAACGCAGGGGUGGGUCGGGUGGAGGAACGACACGCGCGGCCAACCGGUCGAGAUCAAGUUCGAGUUCGACAAGGUGAGGGAGUUCUCGGCCAUCCACAUCUACUGCAACAAUCAGUUCACCAAGGAUGUCCAGAUAUUUUCCCAAAUCGACAUACUGUUCAGCAUUGGUGGCAAAUAUUACACAGGGGAGCCGAUCACCUACACCUACAUGGAGGACAAGAUCUUCGAGUCGUCGCGAAACAUCACCAUCAAGCUCCACCACCGUGUUGGCAAAUACGUGAAGCUGAGGCUUCAUUUCUCGGACAGAUGGAUCAUGAUCAGCGAGGUGACCUUCGAUUCUGACGUGGCUCACGGUAAUUUCACGCCGGAGGAAGCACCGACGACCGAGUCGCCCAUCCAGAGCGACGUUUUCGUGGAGAAGAACGGUGCCGCGGAGGGCGAGCUUCCGGUCUCGACUGCCAAACACGACGAUCCCACUUACAUGGCGGUGGUGAUCGGCGUGUUAACAGCCGUGAUCCUGCUGCUCGCCGUCGCUAUAUUCCUGAUCGUCUCGAGGCACAGGCAACGAAAGUGCUUCGCCAGCCCUAUGACGGGCAAGGCACCGUCCCACCUCGGAUCCACCUGCGCCACCGUCGAGAAGGGGGCCGCGUUGAUGGCCUACACGUUGGAGGACGACGAAAGAUACGCGGGUGGUUCGUUGCCGACGCUACCUCGGGACCUGGGGAAUCGUUUUCUGGACAUCGUGAAACUCGACGACUAUCAAGAACCGUACCAGGCCCUCAAGUACGCGCCGUACUACAGCUACAGCACGGUCGUUAUGGAGAUGAAAGACAUGAUGCUGAACAACAAGGGCAGCAACAUCAAUCACUCAGCGGUGUACGCGAAUGGUGCAGUUGACACAUCGUACGAUUAUGCGGUACCGGAACUCGGCACGGUGCCCCUGCUCAACCAGGACGGAACAGGACGCGGCCCGCCCGCCUCCGCCGCGGCAAGCGGCGACCAGGACAACACCAUCUUCUCCAAGACCUCGUCGCGAGGAAAUAAGACGGAGAACAAGAAGUCGCCGACUCAACAGGAGGUGCUCUCGGCCCUGAAGAGACGUCUGGAGCAGACGAGCGUCCCGCUCUUCCCACGGCAUCGCCUCCGCAUGCUCUCGAAACUCGCCGAAGGGGCGUUCGGAACGGUGUACGUGGCGGAAGCGGAAGGGAUCCCGGAGUACGGAACGACGACCACCCUGGGCAAGCGUCUCGUCGCCGUCAAAUUUUUACUGCCGGAAGCCAGCGAGAAAGAAAAGUUGGAUUUCCAACGAGACGUCAGGAUCCUGGCCGCCCUCGAGGAUCGCAAUAUAGCCAGAGUCCUGGGAGCUUGCUACCGCGAGGAGCCGUACUGCGUGGUGAUGGAGUACCUGGAGCACGGCGACCUCUGUCAAUUCCUCAAGACGCAUAUCACUGCCGAGGACGCCCAUUCCAUGCCGAUCGGUGUCAAAACGCUUAGUUUCAACUGUCUCAUCUACAUGGCGGCCCAAAUCGCGUCGGGCAUGCGGUACCUGGAGAAUUUGAACUUCGUGCACAGGGAUCUGGCUACUAGGAAUUGCUUGGUGGGCAAAGCUUAUCACAUUAAAAUCUCGGAUUUCGGUACGGACAACGAAUUGUACGCGAGCGAUUAUUACAAAGUCGAUGGCACGGUGCCACUGCCGAUACGCUGGAUGGCCUGGGAAUCCAUAUUCCUGGGCAAGUACACGACGAAGAGCGACGUGUGGGCGUUCGCGGUGACCCUGUGGGAGAUCCUGAACCUUGGCAGACGGGUCCCUUACGAGCACUUGUCGAACGAGGAAGUGGUGCAGAGCCUGCGACGAUUGCAUCGGGCCGAUUGCGCCACCGACACCGACGCGGAGAGCGGCGGAUGCAAGGAGAACACCGAUAACCUCUUCACCUGUUUACCGCAGCCGACCGCGUGCUCCAAGGAUAUUUACGAUUUGAUGCUCGACUGUUGGCGGCGGGAGGAGAGCGAGAGGCCAACGUUCCGGGAGAUCUCCAUGUUCCUGCAGCGGAAGAACCUCGGCUACGCGCCCACAUCCUGAUAUUGAACGUUUGGCAAGGAGGAGCACACGGUUUGCGGCGGUUGCCACGUGUGCCCGGCUAAACGUCGCUCGUACUUUGACCACGAGAUGGUCGAGGAUGCCGUUUACCCGCAUUGGAUAACCGUGAGAACCAAGUUCUGAAUUCUUCGACAGCCGUUUCCCUUGAGGGAUGAUUUCGAGCGAUCGAAAAAAAGGUGUGAACAUUAAUUCGAAGAAGAAGGGAAUACAACGAUACGGUCCAAUAUUGGUUUCCGGCAACGAAAUCGAACUCUUCAGAUUCGCUUCGGUUUUUUUGUUUUUUUUUCUCUCUUCCCCGCGAGAUAAUGUCGUUUCGUGACGAUUUCGACACGUUUCGUGAGAUUUAUCCAAUUAGUAGAACUGAAAGUGGAAUAUAAACUUGAUGAAACGAUUUUCAGGGAUGGCGGACGUGAAUCUGCCCGUGUCGAUAUGGUAGGAAACUAUCCGAGAUUCGUGAGAAUAUCGUAAUUUGUUUAGUAGGUAAGUUAGUGAGGGAGGGAGAUUGUGGCGCAACGAUCUCGAUCGCGGGGAAAUAUUCAACGAGAGGGCGUUGUUUAGACGUAAGGAAAACAAACGUAAAACUGUGAAUCCGACAAUCGAAGAGAGCGCGGAGGCGACCUUUGCUCGAAAGGAAAUUCGCGCCAAAAUUUCGCGCGCUGGAUCUCGUGGAUCCUGAUAUGAUAAUGAUCGUCGAAAAUUUAGGAGCAAUAUCGUGUAUAAUUAUAAUACAGCUGUGAACAUUCCUGCAUGGAUUUAAAGAUACGUUUAUUAUCUUCGAGGUAAAUAAGGAAUACUCGUUUAAGAUUUUAAAAGUUACCUUCCGAGACGAUGAUGUCUUUCUUUUAUAACGAAACAAUAAGAAGAAGAAAAAUAAGAAAUAUGGGAAAGGAAGAGAAAAUGGAAGGGAAGAAAAACGGGGGAAAAAAAAAGCAUUGCAUCGACGUGUGGCAAUACGGUAAACUAAAUAUCAAACUCACUUCGUGAUGAGUUGCUAAUCGAGUGAAGAAAAGAAACGAAAAAAGAAAAAAAAAAGAAAAGAAAAAACAAAUUAUAUGAGAACAAGUGUGUGAAUGCGUGUGUUUGUGAAACGUGUAGAUGGUUACAAUUCAUCGUGCGUAAAUUUAAAUCGUAAUCGGUUAAGCUUUUCGCUUCGAACGAAUCCGACAAGAAGAAAAGUCGAAGCAAGACUGUCGAAUUUCUCGUAACUACACGAUAGUAGAGCUCUCAUCGCAUACAAAUUGUACGCGAGAAUGAUUCGUCACCAGGUAUUGCGUAUUGCGAGCAUCGAAUCGCGUUGAAAUUAUAUAAUAAGAUUUACAAAGCAAAGAAAUUGUCAAUAUAUCCUAUUUCAAAGAGAAUAGAAAAGAAAAAGAAAAAUGUAAAAUCGAAUAAAAAUUCGCGUGAGAGCUCGGCGAUAACGGUGUGAUUCGCGAAUGGAGAACGGUAUAUACAUAAUAUUUCUCUGUUGAAUAAAAUGGUGGCUCGGCACCAUUGUGACUAUGACACAUCAUAAUUGUAACUUUAUAUAUGAUAGGCGGGAUCAAUACAAAGACAAAGAAAAGAAACUAGUAUAUUGUACAUAUAGACACAUACACAUCGAGAUGUAAGAGAGACAAUUUAUCAAUUAACGCGUUUAAGAUGCGAGAUUAGCAGCGAGAUUACAGCGAGAGCAAGCAAUUCGAACUUAUCUUUAUCGUCUUUAAAAAAAAAUCGUGUUCCUUUUUGCCUAUUCUGCGGGCACGAUUACGUUGAUAGGCCAACGGAAAUUAAUGGUUGUUCCAAGGUAUGGAAGCAGAAUCUUUUCGCCGCGAUGUCUGUGGAACGUUAUCAACAUAUCCGAGCCUUCGUUUCUAUUUUCGGGACGAGGGUGAGAAGCGCGAACGAACGAGGGGGGGAGGGGGGCAGGAAAGAGAAGAAGAAAUAAAGGAAGAAAGAAAGAAAGAAAGGAAGAAAAAACGACGAGUUUGCAAGAUUUCCAAGAAAAUGUCAAAAAAAUGUUCGUUCGGCGAUGCUAUCUCUCACGAAAGAAAUUUUUCAAACUAAUCAAUCAUUCGAUUCGUUAUGUUCCAUGUAUUUAUAUCAGAUGAAUACUAUUAAUAGCAUUCGCAAUAUUUAGUAAGUAGGUGAUGUUACCGUUACGACAAUUAAAAAAAUACUAUUUAUAUAUCUUAAUGUAAACGCCGCGUAAGAAGUAGAUAUAUCAGAGACAUAGCCAUUCGUAUAUAUAAAUCGUACGUGCGUUGAAUUUAAACGUAACAAAGUUCGCUUCUCUGUCGUUGAAUAAAUGGGGGGAGGGGGGGAGGGAAGAGGGAGAAGAUAGAAGAAGUAAUCGAGAAAUAAUCGAUAAAUAUAAAUUCAAGUCAAGGAGUGAUUUACCGAUUCGAACGAAGAAAGAUAAAAUAUUAAAAGGGAGGGCGGGGGAGGGAGGGAAGGUGAGAGAAGGAAGAUACUGUUCUCUCUAUCGAUAAAGAUGUAGAACGAUAAUUUAACGAUAUAGGAAAUUUUAUACCAGAGAUCGGGCAUCUUGUUAAAAUAGAAAUUCACACGAGUUCAUAGUUGUCACUUCAUUAGCGUUAAAGAAAUGAAAGAAAGAAAGAAGAAGAAAAAAAAAAAAGGAAAAAAAGAAAGAAAAAAAGAAAAAAAAAAAAAAGAAGAAAAAGUCGAAAGGAAACUGCCGUCACUGACGUCGUGACAUUAGAAAAACGAAUCAUAGUUGCGUUUAGAUUCAUCGAUAUAAGCAUAUUGCUGCCUUUGGCUGUAUCGUUGCCCCUUACUGCUAACGAGUAACUCACUUGUCUACUCAUGUGAUAAUUUAGUAUAUCUCUGCGUACCUACCUGUACCUACACCGGUUCGAAAAUCUCAGUAGUAAAGAAAUUUAUUUAUCUUA